AUGCACCAGUCAACCUCUGCAGUAGAUUUCAAAAAUCUGCUGAACCCCGAGACGCCCUCCACCCAGCCUGAUAUCUCCAGUCCGUCGGCCUCCACGUCCGCCACCAACACCUCGAUGGCCGCUGCCACAGUCCAACCCGUCGGUCUCAUGGGCUCAAUGCUUCAGAACGCGCAGCCUCACCAGGAGGACCACCGGCAGGACCUGCCGCGUCCCUACAAGUGCCCGCUCUGCGACAAGGCCUUCCACCGCCUUGAGCACCAGACCCGCCACAUCCGCACCCACACGGGCGAGAAGCCCCACGCCUGCCAGUUCCCCGGCUGCACCAAGCGCUUCUCCCGUUCUGACGAGCUCACCCGUCACUCGAGGAUACACAACAACCCCAACUCGCGCCGGGGCAACAAGCAGCAUGCCGCCGCCGUCGCCGCCGCCCAGGCCGUGGCCAGCGGUGGAAUGCUCGACAGCGCUCAGAUCUCGCACAUGAUGCCCCCGCCCUCGAAGCCCAUCUCCCGCUCCGCGCCUGGCUCGAACCUUGGCUCGCCCAACGUCUCUCCCCCGCACUCUUACUCCAGCUACUCCAACCUCCCCGGCCUGGCCGCGUACAACAGGUCGAACCCGACCAGCUCCAUGGGCAUCCUGGCCACGGCUGCCUCUCAGGUCGAGCAGCAGCAGCAGCAGCACGCUCCUUCCUUCCCUUCGAGACCGAGCCACUUCGGCUCGCACCAGCACUACAACAACAACGGCCGUCUUCCUGGCGUCACCGGACUGGCCGCCUAUGCCUACUCGUCGCAGCCCAUGUCUCGCUCGCACUCGCACGAGGAGGACGACCAGUACGCACACCGUAUGACGAAGAAGUCUCGCCCUGGAUCGCCCUUGUCGACCGCGCCGCCCUCGCCAACUUUCUCACAUGACUCGUAUUCCCCCACGCCUGACCACACGCCGCUCGCUACCCCUGCGCACUCGCCGCGCCUCCGGCCACACGGCCUGCACGACGUGCAGCUUCCUCACAUCCGCCACCUUUCGCUCCAGCACGUCCCCGCCCUCGCCCCCAUGGAGCCUUCGGCAAAUGGCGAGGUCCCCUACAUCCCCAGCCAGACGGGCGGUCUCAGGAUAGGCGACAUCAUCUCGAGACAGGACGGCUCUCAAAGAAAACUGCCCGUUCCGCCCGCGCCCAAGGUGGCUGUCCAGGACCUGCUGAACACCGGCAGUGGCUUCUCCUCAGGCAGCAACUCUGCGACUGGAUCGGUCGCCGGCAACGAUCUCGGCGAUCGCUAUUGA